AUGUCUUUUGCCGGAAAAAUAAUUAAAUGCAAAGCCGCAGUUGCGUGGGGACCAAACCAACCUUUAAGCAUCGAAGAAGUAGAGGUAUUACCUCCAAAGAAGGGAGAAAUUAGAAUUCAAAUCUUGGCUUCUGGAGUAUGCCAUACCGAUGCUUACACACUAUCAGGCAAAGACUCCGAGGGAAAAUGGCCAGCUAUUCUCGGCCACGAAGGAGGUGGUAUAGUUGAAUCAAUCGGAGAAGGCGUUACCUCGGUCAAACCUGGAGAUCACGUAAUCCCGUUGUACAUCCCAGAAUGUCAUCAAUGCAAAUUUUGUAAGAGUGGAAAGACCAAUUUAUGUUCUGUAGUCAGAGAUACUCAGGGACGCGGGCUGAUGCCGGAUGAGACAACACGUUUCAUAUGCAAAGGACACAAUGUACAUCAUUAUAUGGGUUGCUCUACUUUCAGCCAGUACACAGAGAUAUCAGCUGCCAAGAUUAAUCCGAUCGCGCCAUUGGAUAAGGUUUGCUUACUCGGAUGUGGCAUUACUACCGGUUAUGGUGCAGUCACAAAGACUGCCGAUAUCCAACCCGGUUCGACUGUUGCGGUAUUUGGAUGUGGUGGCGUCGGAUUGUCUGCCAUUCAAGGUGCGAAGGCUCGUAAUGCCAGCCGAAUAAUUGCUAUAGACAUAAACCCUGGGAAGUUUGAAUAUGCAAAGAAAUUGGGUGCUACCGACUUCGUUAAUCCCAAAGAUUAUGAUAAACCUAUUCAACAGGUUUUGAUUGAGAUGACCGAUGGAGGUUUAGAUUACACUUUUGAGGCCAUAGGAAAUACCACCGUCAUGCGAGCCGCCCUCGAGUCCUGUCAUAAGGGAUGGGGACAGGCCAUUAUUAUCGGCGUUGCAUCUGCUGGAGAAGAGAUCUCUACAAGACCAUUCCAGCUUGUAACUGGUCGUGUUUGGAAAGGCUCCGCAUUUGGUGGUGUUAAAGGACGGUCCGAGUUACCUGGUAUCGUAGAAGAUUAUCUGAACAAAAAAUUAGAAGUAGAUAUGUUCGUCACACAUAAAUUCAAAUUGGAAGAAAUUAACAAAGCCUUUGACGCCAUGCAUUCUGAAGACUGGUAA